CGCAUGGAUGCAAAGCAGAUACAUCGUUCCUUGUUUAUGAUAUGAUCUUAGAAUUUCGUUUGAUGAAAGCAGCGAACUUCCAUUCAAUCUUUAUUUCUCGGUCAUCGCUGGUUUGGAAGGGUUUGUAAAGAUCUCAAGAGGCCAUUGGCUAGGAGGAACAACAUGCCGACUGUGGUCCUUCUGGACUCCUCGCUCUCCAUGACACGGCCAGUGUCACUGGAGGGCAGCGAGGAGUUCCAGAGGAAGAAUCUGGCCGUCCACGGCCUCACCAUGCUGUUUGAACACAUGGCCACCAACUACAAACUGGAGUUCACAUCACUGGUGGCCUUCUCGUCCCUGUGGGAACUCUUGGUGCCUUUUACCAGAGAUUACAACACACUGCAGGAGGCCCUGAGUAACCUGGAGGACUAUGACAAGACAUGUCUGGAGGCGGCACUACAGGGGGUCAGCAACAUCAUGCAGCAAGAGUGGGGAAGCGCCUGCCCCUGCCAGGUGGUGCUGGUGACUGACGGUUCGCUGGGCAUUGGCAGAGGAUCUCUGCGCCACUCUCUGCAGACGCUGAAGCAGCGUGCGGAGGACAAGAAGUUUCCCCUGCCAUACCCUUUCCCUUCCAAGCUCUUCAUCAUGUGCAUUGCCAAUGCAGAGGAGCUUCAGGAGACCGAUGCCAUGGACAAUCUGGAGCAGCUGAUCAGUCUGAAUGGGGGAGAGGGACAGAUAUUCACCAUGGAGGGCCCACUCUGUCUAAAGAGUGUUCAGUCCAUGUUCGGGAAGCUGAUAGACCAGGCGUACUCCCCGUUACACGCAGUGUUGCAUUGUGGGAACCUGUCCUCCGACGUCCAGGUGUUCCCUCGGCCAGAGCCAAUGGUGAUGGACGAGGAAGUGGACCCCGUGCCCAAGACCGUCCAGACAGAUAUGGAGAUUGUGGGCUUCAUAGAGAUUGCAGAUAUCGCCAGCCCCCCUGUCAUCUCACGCCACCUGGUGCUGCCCAUUGCUGUCAACAAAGAAGUUGACGAGGUGGGCACAGGAAACACAGAGGAUAUUGACGAGGAGAGCUCGGCCAAUCAGAUGGCGGGAAAGAGCCCCAACUUCUGUGUGCUGCUGCACGGCAGUCUGAAGGUGGAGGGCAUGGUGGCACUAGUGCAAGUGGGACCAGAGUGGUAUGGCAUGCUGUACUCCCAGGCCGACAGCAAGAAGAAAUCCAACCUCAUGAUGUCACUGUUUGAGCCGGGCCCCGAGCCGCUGCCCUGGCUGGGUAAAAUGGCUCAGCUUGGACCCACCUCAGAUGCAGCAGAGAACCCGUAUGGAGAGGAUGACAGCAAGAGCCCCUUCCCCCUGCAGCCUGCGAGCAAGCGCAGCUAUGCCCAGAAUGUCACCGUCUGGAUCAAGGCCAGUGGCCUGCAGACGGACGUGCAGAAGAUCCUGAGAAAUGCCCGGAAACUGCCAGAGAAAACGCAGACUUUCUACAAGGAGCUGAACCGUCUGCGUAAGGCGGCGCUGGCCUUUGGCUUCUGGGAGCUGCUGAAGGGCGUGGCCGAGCUGCUGGAGAGGGAGUGCACCAUGCUGCCUGACUCCGCCCACCCAGACGCCGCAUUCCAGCUCUCCCACGCCGCGCAGCAGCUGCGGCUCGCCAGCAACGCCCAUGCCCCGCAGGCCGCCUUCGACCACAACAUCACCCCCCUGCACACAGACUUCUCCAGCGGGGGAGACCGGAUGUAGCGGAGACCUGGCAGGAGGGGAGUGGGUUUAGGAUGGUAAGGAGGAGAUGGG